AGUUAGAAAGAAAUUUCUUACGGAAGGAUUACAAAAUUCUUACAUAUAUUUCAAAAUCAUUCGUCCGGCCGGGAUCAUUUCGUUGGCAAAUACCACCACGGUAUGCUAUUCACACACUGGGGCAAUAGUUUUUCAAUGAUCUGAGCUUUUUCCUCGGCAAUAUGAGCUCGAAUAACUCUACACCAAAUAGCAGCGAGCCCAGGCCCAUCCUUCGGCGGAAGCGGUCGUCGUUUUCGGACAUUGUGAAAAUAGUGUUGCUGGGAGGUGAAGGCGUGGGCAAGAGCGCAAUAACCGUUCGAUUCCUGACGAAAAGAUUCAUCGGAGAGUAUGACCAGACUAUAGAGAACAAAUAUCGCCACAACACGAUGAUCGACAAUGAAACUGUCCUCAUAGAAGUCAUAGAUACGUGCUCAAAGCCAGAAUCGCUGAGCAUCAAGGAAGAUAACAUACGAUGGGGUGACGCCUUCAUGAUAAUCUAUUCCAUCACCGGACGGAAAGGCUUCGACCAGGUCAACGAGUUUAGGAAAAAGAUACAGGAGAUCAAGAAAUCCUCUCAGGGCAUUCCGAUUAUGGCACUGGCGAACAAGGCUGAUCUCGGACACGCGCGGCAGGUCACCACAGCAGAAGGAGAGAAACUAGCUACGGAAGCAGGCUGUCUGUUCUCUGAAGUCUCAGCUUCCGAGGAUCCCGAGUCAAUCUACGAGGCCUUUUACGAACUUUGCCGAGAGGUCAUUGCCACUCGGAGGCGGUCAAGAACUUUCUUAGAUCGUGUGUUUGGCUUGAAUUCUUACAAGAAGUGAGGUGAAUUUUUUAAAGUUCAGCACGCGGGACGAGUUAACCCAAUCUCCCUAUGAGAGGAUAGCUUGCAUUUGCUCCGUAGCAAAAGUACGCUAAACGGGUGCUAGUAUCACUAAGCAACCGUUACCAACAGCGAGGCGUGGAGAUUGGAGUUCUCCAUGUAAAACCAGGGAAAGGGUGGAAUUCGGUUACUGGUCACGGAAAGGAUGGAAGUCUGUUAUCAUUCAGGGAAAGGACUGGCAUCUGUGACAGUGGAGGAAAUGGCGGCAUACAUCAUAGAGUUCCGACCUUACUAGUUUGAGUAAGGCAUGAGACUAGUGGCGUCGCCUGGCGUUAGAAAUGGGAACUAGAUAUAGUUGGACCAACCGUAAAUAUAGUGAACCAUCAAAAAAUUUGAACAAUCCGUUGUAAAAUGUUUGUGUACGAAAAGCAGUUCGUAAAACAUUCCCGUACACUUAAAAAAUCUGUGAACAACAUUAUCUCGCGAGAAUCUCCUUUAAAAAUCAGGGUGGGGAGAUUCCGAUUAAGUGUGUAUUUAACGUCCGAGUUUCCUGGUAGAAUUCUACUGAAAUUGUUGUUCACUGAAUGACACUUCCCCCUAUGGGCCUAUGGGUUAACCCACUUUUCAACAAAUGCAUCAAUGGUCCGGUCGAGGGAUGGAAAAGGAAGUACACUAGGUAUAUGAUAUAUACAGCGUGAGUCAGAAAAAGUAUAUGGAAGCUACUGUGUCUUCGAAUCCGACUAGGACUCACCAGAAAUAGGGGACCCGUACAUACUGACAUAAGGUUUGACCAUUGGGCGUCUACAUUUUGGCCAGAAUUUGAAAUUCUAUCCUAUUCAAAAUAAAGUGAAUGCCAAUUUCAUGGGUGGGAAUCUGUUCUAUGGAAAACAAAUGACUUUGUUUAGAAAGCGUUCUACUUCAGUAUUUAAAUUUCUAGCCAACAAGGUUGUCCCCAUGGUCACCCCUUCCCCGAUGGUCUUUUAAAGCUCACUGAAAAAGCAAUGAUGUUGAGUAAUGUAGCCUCUCCUGGGGAGCUGUAAACACACAUCCGA